AGCCAGCGGAAUCUCAGUGUCUCUGAGAGAACUUUUGGGGUGGGGGGCCGGGAUACAUUGAUGUGAUGACUCUGAUGCAGAGUCACGUGCUUCGAAUCCAGAUAGAGGUGCUCAGGAGCAGCCUGGGCUGGCACGUGGGUUCCCCACCUCCACACCCGUGGAACAUCUCAGGGCUCUGAGAAGCACAGCAGCCUGACCACGUGAGGGCAUCUGCUGUCUCUGCAUACAGUGAGCUGGGUUUUCUUCACGUCUCUCAACAAUUCCACAUAACACCAGCUCUGAACCCAGAGUCCUGGGCACUUAGUUGAGCUCCAUCAGCUCCCACCUCUCUCUACCUGACAGAGCCCUCCUGGCUCCCUCUGCACUCAUUACAUUGAAGAUGAAAACCUGGAGGGUGGGACUUCCCGUCAUCCAGAAGUUCCCAAACACAUUCCACUGUGUCAUUUGUUCCUGGAACCCAAAUGGUUGGGGUGGGCCACAGGCACCCUGGCAUCCAUGUGUGGGAACCAUGGUAGUAUAAUCAAGAAACAGGAAGGAGAGGGGUUGGACUGAUGUGUACAGAUGGCAGGGCAUAGUACAGAGUGGAAUGGAGAGUUCUCACCCGGGGUGAUUGUUGUGAUGUGCACAAAUGCUCUGCUGGUGCUGGGUGCCCCCAUGGUUUCCGGGGUCUUGAAAGGCUACAGAUGCCCACAGAGUGUUCUCAGAUGCACAUAGUGGGAGGCCCAUUGCCCACUACGUACCUGUGGAAGAAGUAGGAGACCCCCUUAGUGUGGAGGUGCCAUCUAGAAGGCAGUCUCACUUCUCUGAAAAACUUGAUUGGAAAAAAAGGGUAUGGACCUGUGCCCAAAGGGCCAUAUAUGCUCCUGGAAGUUGGUGGUGGAAAUAGUUCUCCAUCCAUUAAUCACUCCCUCACUCACUAAUGUCCUUGUGUCCUUGAGAAAGGCUCUCCCUUUCCUGGUUUUCCUGAAUAGAAAUCCUCUUGCAUCUUGAGUGAAUAGUGGUAUGCAUUGUGCAGAGGGUGUUGGUCCACUGAGCAUCUUAGAGACUGUCCUUUAUGGAGCCUUUAUGGGGAAUGAGGCCAGGGUCCUAACUGUGGUUAGUGUGAGGACACCGUGGUUUCAGCAGAGGGAAAGAAGGACAAGGGAAACUCAGAAGUCCCUUCAUGGCCCCUGGAGUUAGAGGACUUACCCCUUUGCACCUGGGAUCAGGAGACCUCAUUUCCUUGAGGACACGCACACUCAGGGGUAGGUCUUGAGUGUGGGGUCCUUACUGGGGUCCAGGGCUAUUGUUAGCCACCAGCAAUGACAGUGCUCUCCAUGCUCAGUGGAGCCAUUUUUGCCAGGAAAGAGAGCCCAUGGUCACGCCUUGUCCAAAGCAUCCCACGCCAGGGGCUCCCAUCCCUAGCACUCCUGUCCUGAAAGGAAGCCCCUCAGAGGCAAGGUGGGUCCAACCACCUCCCAUGUGUUCACUCAUCACCGUGUUCCAGCAGUCACCCCAGUUAACAGUCCUGAUGGGACUGGAUGUGGCUCAGAAUGUCACCCUCAUGAGCUCUACCCUGCUCCAGCUGCAGUUCUGCAGUGGGAGAAACACAAAACCUCAAAACACAUGCACAGGAAUGAAAAGAGCAAGAGCCAGAGCCAAACAGGCCAGGUGUGGCAAGGACAGCUGGAGUGCCUAGGUUGGGACUCAGAAUUAUGUCAGUGGGGUGGCAUUGCUGCUGGCACCAGCAUGAUAACAGAGAGCCAGCCCUGCUCAUUUUGGGGAGCAGUGUGUUGGGGAAGGCAGCAGAAAUUGAGAGGCAGGAUUGAGUUUGGCCCUAGGAGGAGGUUGGGUAAAAGGCCAGUGUGGGUUGGAGGGCCUGGGCAGAUAGAGAGAGGCCAGGGCACACCCCAAAGCCUGGAGACUGCACUUGAUGUCCAGGGUUGUGAGACACCACCUCCCCUCUAACUCACAACUGAGAGCAAGAGGCAUUGAUCAGUUCAGUUUGUGUGCGGCUGCAUCCAAGGUGGCUCGGCUAGGCACCUCUGUUUCCUCGACUCAGGAGGCUGGGAGUCCAGGCUCCACCGAGGCUCGGCUGGGAGGAUCAGAGUCUGAGUUCAUGCCUGUGUUCCUGGUAGGAUCCAUGUUGGCUAGCCUCAGUGUUUUUGUAAUGAGAGGAUGGGUGACUGUCAUGUCUUUAUCACAGGACACACUUGCUAAAUGGAUUUGUUUGCUCUGAGGAGGAAAGAGAGAGAGGGAAGUGGUGCUGGAGACAGGGAUGCAGACAGGGGUCAUGGACUUGGCAUAACUCAGUCUUGGAGAUGACAUCCCAUCACCUAUACCCACUUCAAUUCCCAUGAAUCCAGAGGCUGAGCCCCUUGAGGGUGAAAAUGAUCAGAACACGGAGGAGCCCUUCAGGGUACAGAGCCUUGAAUCUUACAGGCAGGACCAGCUUAGGAAUGAGCUCCUGCCUGACAUUUGUGGGAGGAACCUACAUUUCAGCAGCAACAUGGGGUUAAUCUCCUGGGAUUUCAUCCCCACCCAGCAGGUGCUGGAUCUCUUGUUCCCAAGUGCCUCACCUUCCUUCCCGGGGACCUGGGUGGACUUCUACACCGAGGCUUCCCAUCAGCCUCCAGGCUCUCUGAGUCUGCAGCUGCUGCUGCGAUCCAUGUGGCUCCUUCUGGGUGGCUUGAACCUGGAGCACCAAGCCCACCACCUGCUGGCCCAGACUGAAGAUGGCAAAUCAAGCCAGGCAGAGCCUGAGAGCCAGGCGGACUGGGCUACAAGCUCAGUUCCUGUCACGGCUCCUAAGCCAACCCCAGAGCCAGAGCCUUCUCCCUGGGAAGGGGCAGAGCCGGAGUCCAGGACAUCAGGGGUCUCCACUAGGAGCUCCUCACGGCCCCAGUACAACAAGCGGGUGGGAGGCAGCUGCCUCAUUCACGUCUACCUGGAAAACGAAAGGACAACAAAGUAUAAGAGCAUCCUGGUGACCUGCCAGGACAGGGUUCCAGUCAUUAUCCGCAGGGCCCUAGAUGCACACUUGCUCCAGCAGGAGGAUCCAGAAAACUUUGAGCUUCUGCAAAUUGUCUCGAACCAUCAGAAGCUGAGGAUCCCUGCUGAUGGGAACGUAUAUUACGCCCUGGAUGGCAGAGUGGAUUAUAACUUUCUUCUUCGGGAAACAGCUGCCAGCAAGUGGUUCAAGGUCAAGCCAAAGGAGUUCUUGGAGCCUUCUAUGGCAGUGGCAUCCAGGAUCCCAGCAGCUGUGAGCAGCAGCUCUGCAGUGGCUGCAGGACCAUUGCCCCAGGCCACCCAAAGCAAUGAGCGCUGCAUGAGAAAAGUCACCAGUAGCAGCUCCUCACUGCUUCACUCCAGCGAGCAGGUGGAAGACAGCCGCUUGGUUCACGUCCUCCUAGAGGGACAGAGCCCGAGGGAGACAAAGCGCAUCCUGGUGACCUGUCAGGAGAGGGUGACGAGCCUCAUCCGCAGGGCCUUGGACCAAAAUUUGUUGCAGCAUGAGGAUGUGGACAACUUUGAGCUGCUGAGAAUGAUGUCUCUGCAUGAGAAAAUCAAGGUCCCUGACCACUCACUCAUGUAUCUGUCCAUGAAUCCGCGAAUAAAAUAUCAUUUCAUCGUGAGGAAAUGCCCCCAGGUCAAGGGAAAGGAGUUCUCAGAAUCAACCUGCAAGUCCUCCAGGCCGCUUUCCCACAAGCUGGUGGGAGACACCUGCUUAAUUCGUGUCCACUUAGAAACACAAAGUCCAAAGAUGGCCAAGACUGUCCUGGUGACCUGCCAUGAUAGGGCUCCUGUCGUCAUCCGCAGGGCCCUCGAGCUACACUUGCUUACUCAGGAGAAGCCGGAGGAAUAUGAGCUGGGCCAAAUCAUCUCUCACCAUCAGAGUAAGUGGGACAAUCAGAUGGCAGGGAGCAAGGAUCAGGAUGUGGACUCAGGUCAAUUCUUAGCACCAAAGAGUAGUCUCUGAUCCCCAAGAACACUCCAACACGGUGUGUUGGGGCUCAUGCACAAAGCCAACUGCACUUCUGCAGGUGUAAGGUCUCGAGGUUCUAUGGUAUACCCCAGUGGCUAUUGCGGCCCUCCACCAGGUGCCCUCCUCUGGACAUGAACAGGCAUCCAAAGCUGACAUCAUUGAGGAGUGAGGUGGAAAGCCUCUUCCCAGGAGCCCUAUGGCUCCGUGGUCUGGGAUAGGAGUGGUUUCAGAGGGAAUGGGAAUGCAUGGGCUAAAGAUGGAACUGGCACUUUUGUGGACAGAAGCAGUACUACUGAAAGCCUUCUUUGUGACCAGAAAACCACUGCCUGGGCAGAGUAGUGCCAGGAUUCUAGCAAGCAGUAACUGGAUGAAAUUGGAAAGAAAAUACAGGCUGGGAGACAGCCUGAAUCAUCUGUUUUUGGAUAAAUUCCAUGGUCUUCCGCACCUGAGUCCACUUGCCAAGGAGUGAUCACCAUAGCCAGGUUAAGAACCCUCUAAAGUCAGGCCAAUGUAUUUUAUGCAAAGAACCCUCACACAAAACCCAACUUUGUGCUGAGGAAAAGGAGCCUCUCCCAAAAGAAUGAUGAAUGGAUCCAGCCUCAACCUCACUCUCGUCCUGUAAAGAAGGCUCCAGCCCUCCUGAGGAUGCUUGCAAAACCAUUCUACUGCUGUGUGCCUGGGCGGGGCUGAGGCAGCCCAGGAAUAUUUACAUUGAUUACUAUUUGCUUCAAAGUUUGAACCUAUAGUUUGUCAGUGUCCUUGACCUUGUUUAGUAAGACAGUUGUUACUCUAUCCCGUAUUUGCUGUUUCCAUUAAUAUAUUAUUAUUUUAAUAUAUAUAUAUAUUUUUUGUUA